CGGUCGGCUGGAGUCGUACGUUUAGUGCCGGAGUGGUGAGGGGUGCAGCGCAUGGUGUGAGGGUUUGUGCGGUGAAGUGUCAGCACAGGUGUGUUUCAGUGACAUUAGUGCGCAAACCGUGACAGCUAUGCGAUUCCCGAUGAGUUCGCGACGCUCGUGAAGAGCUCCUGAAGUGGUUUUCCUCGCAGGAUGCGUGGCGGCCGGUCGACAGUCGCUCCCCGUCUCUGUGACCGCUCGGAGCCGCCGCGAUGCCUCACAGCAGCCUUCCGUCGGACGCGACCCACCCGGGUCACGCGUCCGAUCACUUUGAUCACCUGUGCGCGGCACAGACGCUCCGCAGCAUCCUCACACACUACCGGCGACUGUGCACGGCGCUGGACCUGAGGCCAGCGAGGUUCCCCGACUUCUACCCCAGACUGAAGGCCAGCCUUCAGUCAUGGAAAGCACAAGGCCUGCUAGCCAAGUUCGACAAGAGGGCAUCGCACAAAUGCUACAACCAAGGAUACGCCUGUGUUGACACAAAGGUGCUGGUGAUCGGGGCCGGACCGUGCGGUCUGCGCGCCGCCAUCGAGGCCCAGCUGCUCGGUGCCAAGGUGGUCGUGCUCGAGAAGAGAGACCGCUUCAGCCGAAACAACGUGCUCCAUCUGUGGCCGAUGGUCAUCCACGACCUGAAGGCACUCGGCGCUAAGAAGUUCUUCGGCAAGUUCUGCGCAGGAGCCAUUGAUCAUAUCAGUAUUCGACAGCUGCAGUGCAUUCUGCUGAAGGUGGCCCUGCUGCUCGGUGUCGAGGUGCACGAGAACGUCGGCUUCGAGGAGCUGAUCGAGCCGAGUGACGAGCAGACCGGCUGGCGCGCGCGGCUCAGCCCGCCCGACCACCCGGCUGCCAGCUUCCAGUUCGAUGUGCUCAUUGGAGCCGACGGCAAACGAAACACCUUCAAAUGUUUCCGGCGCAAGGAGUUCCGCGGCAAGCUGGCUAUCGCCAUCACGGCCAACUUCGUGAACCGUCACACGGAGGCGGAGGCACGCGUCGACGAGAUUUCGGGCGUGGCGUUCAUCUUCAACCAGAAGUUCUUCAAGGACCUGAGCGCCGCCACUGGUAUCGACCUGGAGAACAUCGUCUACUACAAGGACGAGACGCACUACUUUGUCAUGACGGCCAAAAAGCACAGCCUGCUGGCCAAGGGCGUCAUACUGCAGGACUACAUGGACACAGGUCAGCUUCUGUCUCCAUCCAACAUCGACCGGGCCCGACUGAUGGAUUUCGCCCGAGAGGCAGCCGACUUCUCCACCGACUUCCAGCUGCCCGAGCUCAAAUUCGCCGUCAACCACUACGGCCUGGAGGACCUGGCCAUGUUUGAUUUCACGUGCAUGUACGCCUCGUGCUACGCCAGUACGGCGAUCGUACGGCAUGGUCACGGACUGCUACUGCAGCUGGUGGGAGACAGCCUUCUCGAGCCCUUCUGGCCUACUGGCAGCGGAUGCGCGCGUGGGUUCCUCUCCUGUUUCGACGCCGGGUGGCAGAUCCGCUCGUGGGCCAACCCGCGCGUCUCGACGCUCGAGUGUCUGGCUGAGCGGGAGUCUACCUAUCGACUCCUGGCGCAGACCACACCGAAAAACCUCAGCAGCGACCUGGGAGGCUACAGUCUGGACCCGCGCACCAGGUACCCAAACCUGAACCUGCAGUCGGUUCUGCCGCACCAGGUCCGGCACAUGGUCGACACAGACUCCCCAGAGUGUCUGGCUGCCGAGGCGGCCCUGGCUGCGGCUGUGUCAGCCGUGCAGACCGGUCAGCCGGAGCUACCCCCGCACAAACGACCGUACCGCCCGAUCGAGCCCACCGCGCUGCUCCGCUGGUGUCGCCGCCGGCUUCAGGUGGAAGCUGCUGACCUCAGUGACGCCUUCCAGUCAGGUGAGGCGAUCUGCGGCCUGUUACGUCUAUACCGACCGGAGCUGCUGCAGCCCUGCUCCGUAUCCUCUGAACCCCUGGACCGGUGGCGACUGGCGCUGCGGCUGCUCAGCUCCCAGCUGCCGGUGCCGCACGGGCUGACCGCCGAGCUGCUGGCGGAAGGCGAGGCCGACCCAGAGGAGCUGCUGGAGUUCCUCAGUCGCGUGUACGACGCGCUGCACGGAGCUCCGCCGGCCCCCGCGCCGCCCCGACCCGCCUGGCUCAUGGAGAUGGUGCGUGGGGAGGACGGCUCGCCCCAGCGAGCGUCUCCAAUCCGCCACACACCCGAAGGCCGCCACGCCGCCAAUGGAGACACCAUGCGACGGUACAGGAAACGCAAGAACGACGCGGCCCACCAGAAAGCGAGCGAGUGGGCCGACUCCAGUCAGCCAGGCUCGCUGGACUCCGCGGCUGCUGAGGAGCUGGACCAGCUCGAGGACCAACCCGACCAGGACGACCAACAGGACCAACAGGGAGACCAACAGGACCAGCAGGACCGUCAGCAGGAGCAACAGGACCCGGAGUCCACCAGCGCGUCUUCCAGUCUCAGUUGGGACGCGGUCCCUCCUGUUGUACCCCUUCCACCCCGGCCUGCACCACCGCCCGUCGACCGUCGCAAAAUGGCGCUCGUCGAGGCAGCCUUCCGAGGCAUGAGCUCAAUGGAGUCAUUCGAGUCGAUCGAGUCUGUAGAGUCAGCAUCGGGAGUCACGUCUCCCACCGGCGGAGAGGAUGGGGAAGACUCGAGACUGGACUGUCGCUCUUUGAGGUCCCGGCUGGCCGCCCUGGAGCGUACUCUGGCUAAUGGUGGAGAUCAAGAGAAAGAACAAAGCAGGAUUGUUCACUGGGAGCGGCGCCGGCUAAGGUCCCUGGCGCAGAGGAAGGCUGAUCUGGAGGCGACCUUGCUGAACGGAGCAGCUGAUGAGCAGGAGCAGGGGGAGUUUGAUGAUUUCACGGUACACCUGUACAGGAAGACGGCGGCUGACUUCGCGUCACGGCGCAGCAGACUGGAAGACAUGGUGUUUCGGCCUAGCCGUGUGACACCGGAAGUGAAGAAGAACGCGAAGCAGGCGGAACCAGAGCUAUCGAAGAAGGAACAGUUCGCCUCCAAAGUGAAGGAUCUGGAGGCCAAGUUCAGCGGAACCUACCAGCCUCCCGAUAAGAAACCGAAGCCGGUAUCCCGAGUCAUCGGGAGAAUCGAAAAGGACUGGAACCUGCAGCAGAUCGAGAAGAAAAUCGAGGAGAACAGCCGGCCGUUCGUGAACCGAGACAAAGACUACCCGGUACCCCGGUGGAACCGGGACGCCUUUGACGAUAAGUUCCAGACGAUUCAGAGCCUAUCUGGCGGAGACGUCAUACCGUUCCGACGGUUCGACUACGGUCAGCGUGGCUCGAACCACGUGUCAGCCAUGGCGGCGCGGUUCGGGAACAGUCACCGGCCGGCCGCCGCCGCGCCCGCCCAGGUACGAACAGCCGCGCCCGCUGGCCUGCUGGUGCGGCUGCGCAGCUCUGCGCGUGCUGCGCUCGGCCGACUGCGCGCUAUCCUAGUGGCGUGCGUGUGCUAUACGCUGGCCAUGUUCGCGCUUACACUUGUGGUCGGUGAUGCGCUCAGGGUUCUGGAGGGAUAGCUGGCAGCGCAGCCGGUCGCUAGUCCAGUGAUAGGCUCAGUCACGUGUUUGGGAGACUGAAGUUGAGAGUCAGUUGGUCAGUAGAUAGGCCCAGCAGUCGCUCAGUUAGUUAGCUCAGUUGCUCAGUCAGGUUAUUCGAGUGAGUCGGCCUACCGAAGGCUGUAUCGUCAGCCUCCGGCGGCAGAAGGUUGUGAGUUGUGACCCUCUCAGGACCGGCAGAUUUUGGGUCACAAGGGUCGGGUCUCGGGCCGCCAGGGGUGCGGAUCCCCGUGAUAUAUCCCCGUGUACCUGUCAGCGCCUGCUAGCUGUGAUGGCGGCGCCCCGUGGCGUUCGGCCCCACAGUCGGUGCGGUGUAACAUUGUUAGCCAUCGACGGAUUGUUUUGUGGUUCCUGCUCACCCGAAAAGUAGAUAUAGCUUCAUUGCUCUAUGUGAGCUCCGCGAUAUGAAACCAUACGCUUUCUGUGUGUGAUAUUAUCAGAGAUAUGACAGAUGUUAUCGAAUGUUGUUGUUUUACAGCUCUUUUACACCAAUAAAUGUAUUAACCUCUG